AUGCAAAAUGUUUAUGUUGGGAACAAAAUAAAACUUAUAAUAUUGUACUUUUUUUGUAUGUUGUUUUUAAAAGAUUAUGAAAGAAGCGAAGCUUUUAAUUUAGCUCGUACUACGGAGAAAUUGAACUAUAUAUUAAAUUACAAAACACCGAACAGAUAUGAUUUAAGUAACAAUGUAAAUAAAUUAUUUUUUGAAAAGCAAAAAAAGAAAAUUGAGUUUAGUAGGAAACCUUUAAAUAGUUUUAAUGAAGAUGUUAAAACAAUUAGAGAGGACAUAUCAUCAGAUAGUUCCCCUGUGGAAAAAUAUAAUUUCAAAGCAGAGGUUAAUAAAGUUAUGGAUAUAAUCGUUAAUUCUUUAUAUACAGAUAAGGAUGUAUUUUUGAGAGAAUUAAUUUCGAAUGCAUCUGAUGCGUGUGAUAAGAAAAGAAUAAUAUUGGAAAAUAAUAAAUUAAUAAAAGAUGCUGAAGUAGUUACAAAUGAGGAAAUAAAAAAUGAAACAGAAAACGAAAAAACAGAAAAUGUAAAUGAAUCAACAGAUAAAAAAGAAAACGUGGAAGAAGAAAAAAAUGAUAUUAAAAAAUUAAUAAUUAAAAUAAAACCUGAUAAAGAAAAAAAAACAUUAACUAUAACUGAUAAUGGUAUAGGUAUGGAUAAAAGUGAAUUAAUUAAUAAUCUUGGUACGAUAGCUCAAUCGGGAACAGCCAAAUUUUUAAAACAAAUAGAAGAAGGAAAAGCAGAUAGUAAUUUAAUAGGACAAUUUGGUGUUGGUUUUUAUUCAUCUUUUCUAGUAUCUAAUAGAGUUGAAGUAUAUACAAAAAAAGAAGAUCAAAUUUAUCGAUGGUCUUCAGAUUUGAAAGGUAGUUUUAGUGUAAAUGAAAUUAAAAAAUAUGAUCAAGAAUAUGAUGAUAUUAAGGGUAGUGGAACCAAAAUUAUUUUACACUUAAAAGAAGAAUGUGAUGAAUAUUUAGAAGAUUAUAAAUUAAAAGAAUUAAUUAAAAAAUAUUCUGAGUUUAUUAAAUUCCCAAUAGAAAUAUGGUCAGAAAAAAUUGAUUAUGAAAGGGUUCCAGAUGAUUCUGUAUCAUUAAAAGAUGGUGAUAAAAUGAAAAUGAAAACAAUUACAAAACGAUAUCAUGAAUGGGAAAAAAUUAAUGUACAAUUACCAAUAUGGAAACAAGAUGAAAAAUCAUUAACAGAAAAUGAUUAUUAUAGUUUUUAUAAAAAUACAUUUAAAGCAUAUGAUGACCCAUUAGCUUAUGUUCAUUUUAAUGUAGAAGGACAAAUUUCUUUUAAUUCCAUUUUAUAUAUUCCAGGUUCUUUACCAUGGGAAUUAAGUAAAAAUAUGUUUGACGAAGAAUCUAGAGGAAUAAGAUUAUAUGUAAAAAGAGUUUUUAUAAAUGACAAAUUUUCUGAAUCUAUACCACGUUGGUUAACCUUUCUCAGAGGUAUUGUAGAUAGUGAAAACUUACCAUUAAAUGUAGGAAGAGAAAUAUUACAAAAAUCCAAAAUGCUAUCUAUUAUAAAUAAAAGAAUUGUACUCAAAAGUAUUAGUAUGAUGAAAGGAUUAAAAGAGACAGGAGGUGAUAAAUGGACUAAAUUUCUUAACACAUUUGGUAAAUACCUCAAAAUUGGUGUUGUAGAAGAUAAAGAAAAUCAAGAAGAAAUUGCAUCAUUAGUCGAAUUUUAUUCAAUUAAUAGUGGUGAUAAAAAAACAGAUCUUGAUUCAUAUAUAGAAAAUAUGAAAGAAGAUCAAAAAUGUAUUUAUUACAUCUCAGGAGAAAAUAAAAAAACCGCUCAGAAUUCUCCUUCUUUAGAAAAAUUGAAAGCAUUAAAUUAUGAUGUUCUAUUUUCUUUAGAACCGAUUGAUGAAUUUUGUUUAUCCUCUCUAACCGUUAAUAAAUAUAAAGGAUAUGAAGUCUUAGAUGUAAAUAAAGCCGACCUUAAGUUAAAAAAAGAAAAUGAUCAAAAUAAAUCCGACAGUUUGGAUAAACAGAAAAUGGAAUAUGAAAUAUUAUGUAGAUGGCUACAUAACAAAUUUUCGCAUAAAGUGCAUGAAGUACGAAUUUCAGAUCGUUUGAUAAAUUCACCUGCCUUAUUAGUUCAAGGUGAAAUGGGUAUGUCACCUUCUAUGCAAAAAUAUAUGAAACAACAAGCCACCGCUCAAGGUAUAUCAGAAAAUGAAAUGUUUGGAGGCCAAUCUGCAAAUCAACCAGUAUUAGAAAUUAAUCCUAACCAUUUUAUUAUAAAACAAUUAAAUCAUUUAAUACAAAUUGAUAAAAUGAAUUUGCAAAAUUCAGAAAUUGCUGAACAAAUAUUUGAUGUUGCAUCAAUGCAGGGAGGAUAUACUAUAGAUGAUACCGGUCUCUUUGCCAAAAGAGUUAUAGGCAUGAUGGAAAAAAAUGCUGAACAAUAUUUAAUGAAUGUACAAAGUAAUAUAUCAAACAAUACAUUAAAUAAUACUUCUGGUUCGGAAAUGCCCCAAAAUAAUUCUCCAAAUGAAUUACAAAGUGAAAUGAAAUCAACAAAUGGAAUUGAUGAUAAUAGUAAUAUAAGCGAAAAUAAAAUUAAUGAAAGCAGUUCCAAUCAAAAUAACAUGAGCGAAAAUGGCAUUGCUGAAGAAAAUAAUAUAAAGAACAUAGCUGAGAGUGAUGUGAAUAAAAUAAAUUUAGGUGAAAAUGAUGUGAGCCAAAAUACUAUACAUAAACAGGAUUCCGGUUUAUUUAAUUUAGAUCCAAGUAUUUUAAAUAGUAAUAUGCUCAGUGGUUCUGAUAAAACACUAUUAUAG